AUGAGUUAUUUGAGCAUGGCAGAGAAGAAGCCUCAUGCGAAUUGUAUACCUUACCCAGCUCAGGGCCACAUAACUCCAAUGCUCAAACUAGCGAAGCUCCUCCACUUCAGAGGGUUUCACAUCACUUUCGUUAACACAGAGUUCAACCAUAAACGCCUUCUUAAAUCUCAGGGUCCAAAUUCCCUGAACGGCUUCCCUUCUUUCCGUUUUGAAACUAUCCCCGACGGUCUACCAGAGUCUGAUGUGGAUGCCACACAGGAUACACCUUCCCUGUGUGACUCCGUCAGAAAAACAUGCUUAACUCCAUUCAAGAACCUCCUUCACAAACUCAACAACGCCACAAAUAUCCCUCCUGUUACGUGCAUAGUUUCUGAUGGUGUCAUGUUCAUUAGGCCUGAUCUUGUGGUUGGUGAAAACGCAGUUCUUCCUAUGGAGUUUGUCACAGAGACAAAAAAGAGAGGUCUAUUGUCAAAUUGGUGUCCUCAAGAGGAAGUGUUAGCUCACCCAGCAAUUGGAGGAUUCUUGACACACAGUGGUUGGAAUUCAACAAUUGAAAGUUUAUGUAAUGGAGUGCCAGUUAUAUGUUGGCCUUUCUUUUCUGAGCAACCAACUAAUUAUCGAUUUUGCUGUGUUGAAUGGGGGAUUGGGUUGCAGAUAGGAGGUGAUGAUGUUAAGAGGAAUAGAGUUGAGAGCCUUGUGAGAGAGUUGAUGGAGGGGCAGCAGGGAAAAGUGUUGACCAAGAAAGCCUUGGAAUGGAAGAAAUUGGCAGAAGAUGUCGCCAUUCACAAAGAUGGAUCUUCAUUUAUGAAUUUUGAUAACAUGGUUCGUCAAGUUCUUUUGAGUGAGAACUUGAAAUCAAGUUAG